GUAUUCUUUGGGUAAUGUAUAUUGAAUACGUGUGUUCAAUAUUACUUGGUCAUUGUGUGCGAAAUCGAACAUCGCUGCGAAACUCGAGGGAAAAUUUGGCUUUAUAUUUGAAUGUAGCCAUCAAACAGAGACAGAGAAAAUGCUCAUCACACUGAAAACGCUUCAGCAGAAGACUUUUAAGGUGGAAAUCGAGGAGUCGUUAACGGUGAAAGAAUUAAAAGCAAAAAUUGAGGCUGAAACAGGAAAGGAUUUUCCGGCAGCUGGACAGAAACUCAUCUAUGCAGGUAAGAUCCUUAACGAUGACCAGAAAAUCGGUGACUACAAGAUUGACGAGAAGAGUUUUGUGGUUGUCAUGCUGACGAAGCCAAAGGCAGCACCAAAAGCCUCGGAGCCAGCCCAGCAAGAAACCCCAGCUACCCCUGCAGCAGCUGCCUCGGAAACGCCGCCGGCCGCCCCGGUGCAAGUCACAGACGCCAAACCAGCUGAGAAACCAGCCGAAGAGAAGAAAGAAGAUGCGCCAGCUACCACAACAAGUUCCUCUUCUACAACGACGAGUACCGGUUCAGCGGCAGGCUCAUUGAGUACUGCCGAGUCUAUGCUGGUUACCGGCUCAGAGUACGAUAAGAUGCUGGACGAGCUGGUGGCCAUGGGGUUUGAGAGGGAGCGAGCGAAACGGGCACUGCAGGCGAGCUUCAACAACCCAGACAGGGCCGUGGAGUACCUGACGACGGAAAUUCCCACCAUGCCAAACGUUGAGCAGCAACCACAGCAGCCCCAGCAAGAAUCAACUGGUGGCACAGCAGAAAACCCGCUGGCGUUUCUUAAGGACUCCCCCGUGUUCAUUCAGAUGAGGCAGGCCGUUCAGACCGACCCUGCAAUGCUCCAGACAGUCAUUCAGCAACUGGGACAGGCUAAUCCUGAACUCUUACAGCUCAUCACUCAACACCAGGAACAGUUCAUCGCCAUGCUCAACGAACCCCUUCCUGAAACCGCCGGACAGACUGGUGGCCAGGUGGGUUCACAACCUGCAGGCGAGACGACUCCACAGAGUGGUGGACAGACAACGGCAGGGCAGCCAGUGGGGCGACCGGUAGGGGAAGGCCCCCCUCAGGCUCCCCCCGGGGUGCAUUAUAUUUCCCUGACCGAACAAGAGAGGCAGUCCGUCGAAAUGCUCCAGGCGUUGGGCUUCAGCCAAGAGGAGGUGUUACAGAUUUAUCUAGCCUGCGAAAAGAACGAGAACCUGGCUGCCAAUCUUCUCCUACAGCAAAAAAACGAGGAGCAGAAUUAGCAUUUGCUUUGAAAUCGCUCACCCAAACUUUUGUUUGUGUAAAUAAUAAAACCGUAACCUGUUUUUUUUUUCUUCUUUUUUUUUCUUUUAGAAAAGAAAAUGAGAAAAAAAUGCACUUCUAAAAUGGAAAUCGAAAUUCAAGCUCGAGUUGGGCUGUUGUUCCUUUUCUAAUGUCUGAUUAGUCUGGUCACCCACCGUUGGGAACGUUAGUGAUAAAAACUUGCGUGGAUUCUGGAUGCCAGACGAACAAUAGUCUUAGUCCGAGACUUGAUGUGGAUUUUAUUGUCUUGAUACAGCUGGUCCGGGACAAGCGAGGUCGCUGUCAGCAAGAUGAAUCAAAUGCAGUCUUGGCAAUAUUGGCAGCGCUACCCGGGAAAUUCCGAGCAUACCUCAUGCGCGCAGUAUUCAAGCUACUGCCGGCACGUGAGGUAUGCUCUGAAUUUCAUAAGUGGCGCUGCCAAGAAUGGUUAUGAUCCAUCUUGUUGAUACAGACCUCCACUGCCGUGGUAAUUUAUCCACAUUUGUCAUGGGAAUGGCUGCUACAAAAAAAAAGGAAUAAAAAUUCAAAUCCAGUCGAGCAAUCGUAAGAGCCCUGAAACAACUGUACACAAAUCCAUAAUGGUUCAAGGGAAAUGGCAAAAUUACUUUUGCCUCUUGAGAACAGGCUUAUUUCGUAUCGGGUGUAACAAGUGCAUCAACCAUACAUCUCCUGUAAGUUUCUUAUUUGGCCUGUCAUAUUAAUGAGUCACUUAAAAAUAUAAUGACACUUGUUUAUAUUGCGAUUUUCAUUGGUUGUACAUGUAGGUGCUAUUCAUUUCGACCGAUUUAAAAAAAUAUGCAUUUGUUAGAGACAUAGUUUUCCGAGCUAACACUGUUUUUAAAAAGUUGCACAGAAAUUUCCACGUAAUUAGCCCUUAAUCAGCGAAGAGAAAAACACUAUUCGUUUCAAUGCCUGCCUAUGGAGUUUUUACACUUGCUCUAAAUUGCAAUUUAACUUCCUUGUUUUUUGUGGUUUUUAGUAUUAAGCAUUUUACUAAACCAGCACACAAAACUAGUUGUAAAAAAAUGCUGCAUGCUUGUAAAAAUUCUAAAUUUUUUCAGUGGCGUCACAAACAAGAACCGAAAUGUAAAAAUAAGUCUAAGUAAUUCUACAAGUUUGAAAAAAAAUUGGUGGCCCGGUGAAAUAGAUCAAGGGGCAAGUAAGAAAUCUAUUUGGUUGCAGGAUCUGCAGUGUUCAGUCGUGAAAAAUUUAAACUCCCAGAAAAUUGAGUGUUGCCACUGUUUGCUAAUUGACUGUAAUCAUAUUACUUGCUGUAAGCGAUUCAUUUUUGUCUUAGCGUCCUUAAUAUCCUGAGAUGUGACCUUAUUCACAUGGUGUCAAAUUCGCAUGGUGUCAAAUUCACAUGGUGUCAAAUUCACAUGGUGUCAAAUUCACAUGGUGUCAAAUUCAUGGAGCUAUGUAGCGUGGAAAUCUGCAGGCAUUAUAAAGUAUUCCUACUUUUCCUACUUUUUGCUAUUUUUUUUUAACCUAGCUCCUACUUGUCCUCUUUCUUCUUGAAAUUCCUACUUUGUUGUCCCAGGGCAAUU